AUGGUUCUGCAGGUUUUGUUUGUGGUCAUCCCUGUAGUGGACAGUGGCCAGUUUACAGCCCAUCUGUCCUGGUGGCCGGCCCACAAGUGUCAGAUUUAUGAGAGCUUUGAAAAGUCUUUCAGAACGCGGCUGUUCACGGAUGUCUUUGCACUUUUUGCAGCGCUGCGUCGAGAAGGGCCCGCCACACCCACUGGGUCCACGGACAGCCCACAAAAGCUGUUUCCUCACCAUUCUGUGACUGGUAACUCACAAAGGGUGUACAGGAAGAGAAUCAUCAACCGACUGUUCCACCUGGACGACUUGACCAUUCCCGACCUUGACCACGACGCCGUCACUGUGCGGGAGAUGUCCCCCGCUGACGUGGUGCACAUGUCGACCGACACAGCCGUCAUGCACAAACUGUUCCCUCAAGGUCGCAUCUUCGCCCACUCCAUGUACCUCAGGCUGGUGGAGGAGAAUCUGCCAGAACUUAUCUCUGACAACGCCGCCAUCUUUGCCAGCACGACAGACGCCAGUGGGGGAACACAGAUGUCGCCAGGAACACAGACGUUGGGUUGUGCUGACGGAAGACGCCUCAGCGACGCGGAUAUUUCUGGCAUCGACAUGAUCUCCACGGCCUACCACAACAUGGCCGCCAUCGGGCUGCAGUACGAGAUGGAUAUCCAGUCGCCGAGCGGGCUCCGCUCUCUCCCCGCACACCUCCGGCACCACGUGCGGGCCAUCAGACAGCUGGGUGCUCCCAGCGGCGUCGUCAUGGUGACCAUCAGUGAGGGGCUGGACGAGGCCGCUGUGGAAGCUUGCCUGGCCACGUACGGACUCACCAAACACUUGGCACACGCUGAGAGACACAUUCUCUACUUUGUCUAUCGUUUGUGAAACGGGAAAAAUACAGUCGUCUGUCUCCGUGGUCAGAUCAUGACA